CACUAGGACGGGGGGAAGUGGGCGUGGUUUCUCGCGCGUGUACGCCAACCGGCGGCGUCAGGAGUCAAGCUGCUCUCGUUCGUCAACGCGUCCACAAGACGUGAGUUUGGUUGGGCUUUUUCUUUCUCUCUUUCUUAUUUUAUUGUUGCGGGGGGGUUGAGAGGGCUGCGCAAAGUAAAAAAAAAGGACCGGGACGAGGAUUGCGGAGGAGGACACGAGCUCGAAGGAGGAAGCAGGUUUCCGGCUCGCUUCGGGCGGUUCUCUUGACAGCCGCCCCCACCUCCGCCCCAUCUCUGCCGGCCACCGAGUCCUCCGUCACGCCGCUUGAAGAGCACCGCCAUGGAGGGAGACCCUCCAGUGCCAGACGACCUCACCCCGGAGGAGCAGCAGGAACUGGAGAACAUCCGCCGGCGCAAGCAGGAGCUGCUGGAGGACAUUCAGAGGCUGAAGGAUGAGAUAGCAGAGGUCACUAACGAGAUUGAGAACCUGGGUUCCACCGAGGAGAGGAAAACCAUGCAAAGGAACAAACAGGUGGCCAUGGGCCGUAAGAAAUUCAACAUGGAUCCCAAAAAGGGAAUUCAGUUCCUCAUCGAGAACGACCUGCUGAAGAACACCAGCGACGACAUCGCUCAGUUCCUUUGUAAGGGGGAGGGCCUGAACAAAACUGCCAUUGGCGAUUACCUUGGGGAAAGGGAUGAAUUCAACAUCCAGGUCCUCCACGCUUUUGUUGAGCUUCAUGAAUUCACAGACCUCAACCUUGUUCAGGCCUUGAGACAGUUCCUGUGGAGUUUCCGGCUACCGGGAGAAGCCCAGAAGAUCGACCGCAUGAUGGAAUCCUUCGCUCAGCGCUACUGCCAAUGCAACCCCGGUGUUUUCCAGUCCACAGACACCUGUUACAUCCUGUCAUUUGCCAUCAUCAUGCUCAACACCAGCCUUCACAACCCCAACGUGAAGGACAAGCCCACCGUGGAACGCUUCAUCUCCAUGAACCGGGGGAUCAACGAGGGAGGGGACCUACCCGAAGACCUGCUCAGGAAUCUGUACGAGAGCAUCAAGAAUGAGCCUUUUAAGAUUCCAGAAGACGACGGCAACGACCUCACGCACACCUUCUUCAACCCGGACAGGGAAGGCUGGUUGCUAAAACUUGGAGGAGGCCGCGUAAAGACCUGGAAGAGGAGGUGGUUCAUCCUAACAGACAACUGCCUGUACUACUUCGAGUACACCACGGACAAGGAGCCGCGAGGGAUCAUCCCGCUGGAGAACCUGAGCAUCAGAGACGUGGAGGACAAGAAGCCCAACUGCUUUGAGCUUUUCAUCCCCGACAACAAGGACCAGGUGAUCAAGGCGUGCAAGACGGAGGCCGACGGCCGCGUGGUGGAGGGCAACCACACCUUCUACCGCAUCUCCGCCCCCACCAUCGAGGAAAAAAACGAGUGGAUGAACAGCAUCAAAGCCGCCAUCAGCAGGGAUCCCUUUUACGAGAUGCUGGCCGCCAGGAAGAAGAAGGUGUCGUCCAUGAAGAGGCACUAAAGGAGCUGCUCCAUGCUGGCCAUGUUGCACUUGAGAGCAGAAAGGGAGGGCGGAGGGGGGGAGCUCGUAGCUUUUCCGGACUCGGCUGGCCAGGAAGCCGAGAGGCAUGCGGGGGGUUCCAAGCUGCUCACUGCUUUCUUUAAAAAAACAACUCACAAAAAAAAAAAAAAGGAAACAAAACACUCUGUCAUGCAGCCCCCCCCCCCCCCCUCCACCCGCCCCACCCAGCACAUUAAACUCAGCAGGUCUGAACACGUGUGGCAACAAAGUACUUCUCAUAAGGAAAAGAACAUUUCGAAAAGGCUUCGACAUGUCUGGAUCAGACUUUUAACAGUUUGCCUCUUUUUGUUUUGCUUUGUAAAAAAAAAAAAAAAAACAGUUUCCCCUUGUUUUUGCGUUGACAUGUGAAAUGCUGCUGGUUAGCGAUGGAAAAAUCACUCCGGUAUCCGAAUAAUAACUAAAUAUGGCACAAGUUGCGCAUGGAAGCUUUAAGAGCCGGCGGUAGAUGUUCAACUAUGGCUUGUCUUGGUCUCAGGUUUACAACCCAAAGCACGUCUUUUUCAUGAUUACGAGUGCCUGAUGUUUCUUUCUUCCACUUCCACUUCCACUCCUCUCGGUGCACUAACACGUUGAGAAUUCAAAGAAAAACAAAUCAUAUUGCUAGGCAGUAUUGGCUUAUUUAUCGACUUGUGUUGUACAUACUGAAAUGUAUAGUGAGUAUUUUUGUUUUCAAGGUUUCUUUUAGUCUUUUUCAUGCCGUCUUUUUGUUUAACUCUGUAAAAAAUGUUACCGUUUAACAAGUUAUAAUUAAAAAAACGAAAAAAUC